GUUUUCAGUCGCAGGCAGGCAAGCAGUCACCUUUCUAAUGCAGAGCUCCUUGCCUGACAGGAAAAACUGCUGAAGUCAUGAGGCUGCUCCAGGCAGAGUCCUUUUGUGAGUCAUAGGAAAGCUCCAGCUGCUGACCUCUGGCGAAAAGAGAGCGAGCGAGGGGAGGAGAGGCAGGGGAGGAGAGGCAGAAAAGGAAAGGUUCAAGUGCAGGUUUUCUCCUUAAACCUGGAAGAUUAUGGGUCAAGAGCUGUGUACAAAGAGUCUACAGCCUGGGUGCAGCUGCUACCACCGUUCGGAGGGGGGAGAGGCACGCAGCUGGCCGAGGGGUCAGCCUGUGGCGAUGGAGCCUGCGCUCGAGCUUAUGAACCUAAAAGAAGCAUCCUGUUCCAUGACUUCCUUCCACCCCCAGGGACUUCAGGCUGUCAGGGCCAGGAAGUUAAUGAAUAAAAGGCCACGGAGUAACAGCAAUUCUUUUAAGGAAGAGGAUCUGAGGCAGGGUUUUCAGUGGCAGAGGAAGAACCUCCCAUUUGGGGCAGCCUCGUCCUACUUGAACUUGGAGAAGCUGGGUGAAGGUUCUUAUGCUACAGUUUACAAGGGCAUUAGCAGGAUCAAUGGGCAACUGGUGGCUUUAAAAGUUAUUAGCAUGAACACAGAGGAAGGAGUCCCAUUCACAGCUAUCCGGGAAGCUUCUCUCCUGAAGGGUUUGAAACAUGCCAAUAUCGUGCUCCUGCAUGACAUAGUUCACACCAAAGAGACAUUGACAUUCGUUUUUGAAUACAUGCACACAGACCUGGCCCAGUAUAUGUCUCAGCACCCAGGAGGGCUGCAUCCUCACAAUGUCAGGCUUUUCAUGUUUCAACUUUUGCGGGGCCUGGCAUACAUCCACCACCAACAUGUUCUUCACAGGGACCUGAAACCUCAGAACCUGCUCAUCAGUCACCUGGGAGAGCUCAAACUGGCUGACUUUGGUCUUGCUCGGGCCAAGUCCAUUCCCAGCCAGACCUACUCUUCAGAAGUUGUAACCCUCUGGUACCGCCCCCCUGAUGCUUUGCUGGGAGCCACUGAAUAUUCCUCUGACCUGGACAUAUGGGGUGCAGGCUGCAUCUUUAUUGAAAUGUUCCAAGGUCAGCCUUUGUUUCCUGGGGUUUCCAACGUCCUUGAACAGCUGGAAAGGAUCUGGAAGGUGUUGGGAGUCCCUACUGAGGACACCUGGCCUGGAGUCUCCAAACUGCCUAACUACAACCCAGAAUGGUUCCUGAUGCCUAAGCCUCACAGACUUCAGAUCGUAUGGAACAGGCUGGGUGAAGUUCCUGAAGCAGAAGACCUGGCCUCUCAGAUGCUGAAAGGCUUUCCUCGAGCCCGUGUGUCUGCCCAAGAAGCACUUGUCCAUGAGUAUUUCAGUGCCCUGCCACCUCAGCUGUUCCAGCUUCCUGAUGAAGAGUCUUUGUUUACAGUUUCAGACGUGAGGCUAAAGCCAGAAGUGUGUGACCUUUUGGCCUCCUACCGGAAGAAUCACCACCCAGCCCAGUCAAGCAAAUGCUGGUGAAAAGAAGGGGUGCAGUCACCAAUAUCCUUCCAGGACCACAUUCAUGCUGUUUCAGUUUUCAUUUGCUGCGCCUAAGAAGCAUCAGAUCUAACACCACAUGGACCAGAGGUCAUACGCUAGCACCUCUAAACUGAAGUAUUUUAAAUAUGAUGUCCAAGACACUAAUACAUAAUACUUGAAAAAAAUCAAUGCAAGGCUAUUGCUAUUGUCGCUGCCUAGAAUUGAACGAUGACUGGCUCAAAUACUGGAAAUAGUCUGAGAAGAGGAUUUCUGAACAAUUGCAUCCAUUUUGAUAGAGAGCUCUCCGCACCACAAAAUCAAUUUUCCAACAGGACAGAUGGGAGACCGACAACUGAAGGAAUUCGGAGACAGAGUUGGUACUUACAGAGGCCUGUCACUCUUGUAUUCACUUACAAUUUUCCCCAACAAAAGGACUUCUGUAGCAAGGAGAGGAUUAAUCUAAAGUUUAGAAAAUCUCCUAGGAAGAUUGGUCAGAAAGACUUGCUUAAAACUAUUUGUUAUGAUUUCCUAGGGGGUACUUCUUCCUUCACUAACUGAAUUUUCAGAACACAUUACCACCCCAAUCCAUCUAGAUUUUAGGAGUCAAGAUUGAGCUGCUGGUUAGAAUUGAAUUUCAACCUGUCUCCUUAUACUGAGUCCUAAUUGUGGGAAUGGCAAAAGGGAUGAGGAACCUAAGCUUCUAUUUGAUGAUGGAGAUACUGAAUAGGCAGAUAAGAGCGAAGAAUUCCAAAGAUGUAAUUCAAGCCUUGUUGUACCAUCAGACACACAUGCGUGCACACACACAACCCUCAAGAGAAAGGGGAAAUCUGUCUGUGCCAUUGUCUACAAUGACUCUUUCUAAAAGAAGCCAAGGAAACUCAAAUUACUUCUGUUGAGGGAUUAUCUCAGGAAAUGUAGUAGCUUAGAGACAUCUACAUAUCCUUUAGAAGAACAAAAGGAACCAAUUAAGAGAGAAUUAAAAAAUAGUAACUAUCCACCCAGUGUCUGAGUUGGAAGAAGGAAAAACACAUCCAGACAGUCCAAAGAAGUCUGCCUUCAUGAGUAUUGAUAAGGCAUGAAACAAAGCCUGUCCAGAUGUACCUGAGAGAUGAAACAGUGGGCUGAACGAUGGGCAGAUAAAUGUGCUCAGAGAACAAUGGCUAUUCAACCUGGAGAACAACCAAAAGUGCUGUGUAGAGGGUUCAGAUUGAGUCCUGUUCUAAUUUAAUAUUUGUAUUAAUUGCUUGAAUAAAACCAAAGAAGGUACACAAUUUAUUCAUACAACUACUAAGAAAAGUAUGAUUAUUAUUAAUUUAUUACUUUCACUUUGUGAAGGAGGAAACAAAGGCUCAGCCAAGUUAAAUAACUCCUCGAUGGUAAUAUGCUAGGGUCCAAAGGCAAACCUCUGUGAUCUUUGCACACCUACCAGAUUUGUAGGAUCUACAGCUCUUGAAGAGGCAACUGAUAUUUAGCAUUGGAUCAUAAUUCUAAGAAUUAAGACCUGGCAAGAAACUAAUGAUCCACAAACCAGAGCAAUCUUUAUUUCUAUCAAAUUGUAUCUGAUUUAAAUUCUUACAAGUUGAGCUUAAAAUAUCUACAACUUAAGUAAGGCUAUGACUUAGUAGAAAUUGGAACUUUUAAGUACAAUAUGAAUUAAUAGCAGAAUAUGGCUGCCCCCAAAAGAUAAUGCUAACACUUUCUGGCUACCUAAAUGAAGAACUAAGAUCAUGUCUCAGAGGAGGAGAACGGCUUACUCUUUAUAUUUAAAUGAUUACGUUCACCUCCACACAUCGUAUUUUAAAAGAAACAUCAUGUUGAAAUAAAUAUUUAUUGUACACCUAUUAGUUUGCAGGUCUAAUCCUCUUUAAUCCUCUUAACAAGACUAAGACAUCAGUGCAGUGAAUCGCCAUUUCACAGAGAACACUAAGAAGCCAUCUAAGAGGCUAAGACUUAAUACGCACACUCUGGCCCUAAAGUCUGCUUUCCCCACCAUGUCCCUAGCUCUGCAUGCGCCGAAGAUGGUUACCAGAAGAGAUGACUUGCGGGCUGAGACACAGGGAAUAAGAGCUGCACAAAGGAAAACCUUGAGGUCAGACAUCCUCUUUCCAGGAGGUUGAGACUGUCACCCACCCUCUGCUGGGUAGCCACGAAGCUAGGACAGAUUGCAAUCUCCAGGGUGCUACUCCUGAUGCAGCAGCAAGAGUCCUUAAACAGCAGUAGACUGAGCUCCCACACAGUAGUAGACUGAGCUCCCACACAGUAGUAGACAUCCUCUGUCUCCCAAAAUAUAGAGAGCUACAGAAGGGAUUCCUGGAUCAGAGGUCAGAAGGGCUGACCUCUAAGAUCCCAUCUAAUACCAAGAUUUCCUGAUAGUGACUUUUGGACAGGCUAUACUUGGAAUUCUGGUAAGAUCCUAUUAUUGCGGGAUAGAUUCAUUUUAUUUUUUAUAGAAGAGUUUUUUAAAAAUCUGAAAAAUUACCUUCUGUAUAAUGGAAGAUAAAUUAUGCUUGAAUUUCCUUUUUUCUCCUUCAGUUAAUGGAUUUGCCCAUUCAAAACCUUAA